GAUGCAUUAAGAAGUGCUGCAGCAGCAGAGGCUGAUAAUCCAGACAGCAGCUUCCCACUGAUGAUUUUCUCGUGCUUGUGUCCAGGUGUUGUCUUCACACGUGGAGUGUCUCAACAGGACUGGUCUCUGAAGACAAUCGUACUGGGAGCUCGAAGACACCUGGACAGUUGGACAGAGAACUUAAGGAUAUGAGAGCCGCGGGACAGUAAGCUGGAGAUCUUCGAGAAGUUUGGACAGUGAGCGAAGAAAACACAAGGACAUCUAGAUGGACAUGUCUCCACAGCAGCAGCAGCAGCAGCCACCGGUGGAGGGGGAGGAUGAGAUGGUCCGCAGGAGUCGGAGUGGCUCUCAGCAGGAGCAAAGAUCUAAGAUGAAGUUUCAGAGCUGUCGUCGACAGUCUGCUCCUUCUCUGGUGAUCACCAAGGCUCUGACCCGAUCCAAGACCUUGUCCAGAGAGACGUUCCAGAUGACUGUCUGUGCAGAGACCUGUCCGUUUAUUCAGUCCUACCUAGACAACUCAGUGCGGUCCUUCCUUCUUCACGCACAUGCUCAGUUGAAGACAGGAAUGCAGACACAGGACAGACACCUUUUCUUGUUCAGUGACAUUAUGAUUGUCGCCAAAGCCAAAUCAGCCAACCACUUCAAGCUGAAGGUUAAAGUGUGUGUGUGUGAGAUGUGGACGGCGAGCUGCGUAGAGGAGGUAUGGGAAGGAAGCACAGCACUUAAGAGGAGCUUUGUUAUUGGCUGGCCAACGUACAACUGUGUGGCUACGUUCAGCUCCUCAGAACAGAAAGAGGAAUGGCUUUCACUUCUAAAGAGCCGUAUCAAAGAGCAAAAAGAGGCAGAAGAACCUAAAACAAUUCCUCUCAGAGUUUAUGGUAAAGGACUCAACUCAUUUGCCGUUACUAAAACACUUCCUGUUAGUAACUCUGAUUCCACCAAUGAAGUGAUUCGAUUGGCUCUGCAACAGUUUAGCAUCAUUGGAAAUGUAAAAGACUACCAGCUGUGGGUCAUCAGCAAAAGGGACGCCUCAUAUCCUCUGAUAGGUCAUGAGUUUCCCUUCAGUAUUCAGAUGAGUCACGUCAGACACUCCAUGUCUCAGGGAGGAGGGGCUGCUGCAGGCUCCGCCUCCCCCGCUUCACCUGUGGACAGAGAGAAGAUUCUACAGAAGGAGCUGCUGCAGGUCAACAGACAGUGUCAGUUUGUCCUGAAACCCAGACCAGCGGAGGAACAGCAGCUGUUGCUGCAGGAACCAUCAGAUGUUUCUCAGAAGACUUUUAGAAGACGGCGUUCCCUUGUCUCCUGGGCCUUCUGGAGAGGCUCCUCCUCCUACCUGAGUGAACUGUCCCUUACAGGUGCAGCCCAGGGCUGUUUGUUUGGCCGCCCACUCAGUUCAGUGUGUGUGGAGGAUGCUCUGCCUAAACCUAUCAUGGACAUGCUGACCUUUCUUUACCAUGAAGGCUCCUGGACACGGGGUAUUUUUCGUCGGCCUGCAGGGGCUCGAGCUGUCAGGGAGCUGAGAGACUCUCUAGAUGCUGGAGAAUUCCAGCUUCCUCUGAUACGUGACCAUGUUUUCCUUAUCGCAGGAGUGUUUAAGGAUUUCUUACGCAGCAUCCCAGGUAGUUUGCUAUGUUGUGAACUUCAUGAAGAAUGGAUGGAUGUUUUGGAGGACGAUGAAGUUGAGGAAGGGCAGGUGCAGGACAUCCAGAGAUUGAUGCACCGACUGCCCAAAGAAAACGCCCUGCUGCUUCGUUACCUUCUAGCUGUGCUGCACACUAUCAAGGCCAAUGCUCAUGAGAACCAAAUGAAUGCCUUUAACUUGUCUGUGUGCAUUGCUCCCAGCAUGCUUUGGCCUCCUGGAGCACCGUGUAGCCCUGAGGUGGAGGGAAAGGAAACAAAAAAAGUCUGUGAGCUGGUUAGGUUCAUGAUGGAGCACUGUCAGCAGAUUUUAGGAGAGGAACCUACCACGCUGUUUGGAGGACCACCACAAAGAUGUCAAUCAGAUGAGACAACAACAGAUUCCUGGCUCUACCCAAUGACUGACUCCUCCUACGACAGUCUGGAGAAUGAGCUGGACGACAGCAGCGGAGGUUCGCCGGCCUUGGGUGUAGGCCAUCUACAGUCAAAACCUCUUCGGGGUAGUCAGGACUCCAUCCUUACAAUCAGUGACUGCGACCAAGAAGCAAGCCCAGAUAUAGGCCGUGGAAGUAGUGUGAAGCUUUGCUCUCUGGUAAGAACUGGAGGUAGGAGGCAGGUCUCAGAUCUAGGCACGAGCCAAGAAGUAUUGAGUAUGAUCACACCCUCUUCUGAUGACUCCCUGUCCAUGGAAGGUCAGCACAGACACAGGCGGAUGUCAGAGCCCAACAUAGCAUAUGUGGGAAGGUUUGGACCUUGCACUUCAGGAAGCGCUGAUGUCCUUAAUCUAAAUCAGACACUUUCUCCAACAAACUCUUUGAAUAGUGAUCAUGCCACCGUUGAGUUUCAGCCACCCAAGAUGUCUAAUGAAACCUACAGUGUCACUGCAACUACUGCAAAAAGCUCACCUCCCGGAGAAGGACUCAGUUGGGGGACUUUAAAAAGCUGCAGGGGUUUACACCCAAACUCUUGGCUUAGGAAAGACAGAAAACUUUCAAUAACCCAAGAGGAUAGCACAGUAAAACCAGAAGAGAAGGAAAAGAUGAGUACGGGAAGGACCAUUGACGUGUCUCUGAAGGGCAGAGGAGUAAAACAGAGGAUCUGCAGAGCCAAAAAAGUCUGUGGGGGACCAACUCUGUCCUUGUUCAGAAGACACAAGUCUCAUUCUGUGGAGAAAGAGGAAACUCGCCAGGACACCAGGCUCUGUCUGCGCCGCCAAUCAGAGCCAGGAUGGCACGUCAUGGAGCAACCCAGUCCUACAGAUCCUGGACUCAAGGUUACGCAGAUUGAUUCAGAGCGAGCUGCCUUCUGCCUCUCCCCAAGUGCCACUAAAUCAGUGAAGGAACUUUUCUCCUCGCACCCAGGCAGCAGUCUUCAUAGCAGCCAGCAGAUGGCACUUACCUUGGUGGAGAGCCACAGGCAAUGGCUAAGGAGAUGCAGUGAGCAUAGUGGUGGUGAUCCAGACUGUGAGCAGCCGUUAUUUGGAGAAGAAUCCUUUGUCUGAUUGUUGCUACAUUGAAAACCUUACAGUUUAGUCACUUUAGUGCAGUCCUGAGUGGAAAAGGAAUCAAAAGCAUUCAGCUAUUAUUUUCUAAUUGUUGUACGAGGCUCUACAAAAAAGACAGAAGCUCAUGUCCAUGAUAUAGUAGGAGGUGUUUGCUAGUUUAACUUGAUGUUUGACAACCUCAUAUGCAGCCUUACAUCCAGAAGUAUGAUCACAAUUUAUUUUUUAACCAUUGCUUUUUCAUAGCAUUUUAAAGUUCUGCUUUAUGUUUGUUUUCUUGCGAUUGUUAAAAAAAUGUUUCAUUAGAUAAAAUCAUUGAAUCUGUUCUUUGUAUACAUAUGGUGAAAGCAUUUUCAUAUUUAAUUUAGCUGUAACACCUCAAAGUUCUUGCCAUUUAUUAGGUGUAUUACUGCCACCUCAGUGUUGUAUAGUAAGUUAUGUGUUGUUGUGUGUAAAAAUGCCUACAACUUUAAAAGGAAUUAAAGUGAGCUUUGUUUGUGAAAACAGACUGAAUUAAUGUCCUCUCACGGCCCUUAAUCAUCUCUUUAAUGUAUCUAUUUUGAUACGUUUGGGCAAAAUUUAGUGUGCGUUAAUGUGUUACAUUUAAAAUUUUAAUUUGCUUUGCCUAUUUCAAUGACAUUAUAGCCAUUGUUAGGUUCUUGGUUUGUAACUGCUUUGACAAAUUCUCAACAUGUUUAUAAGUAUCAAAAUUAGAUUAAUCUAUUUUUUUAAUUAAUUUGUAAAAUUAUGUCCAAAACAUGCGCAAACUUAACUGUUCAACUACGUAAUGAGAUUCUAAAUAGUAUGUAACUUUUUUUUUACUUAUAAUUUGUUGGUCUUGUGACCGUGAUUGUCACCGGAUCGCCUCGUCCAAUCAGGAGCCGCUGCUGAGCGGCUCUCGACCCACCACUUUUGUUAGCUAGCAUGUUGUCGUGCAGGUAGAAAGGAAACAAACGCGAAAGGCCAAAGAUAGAUGCUAUAAUGUCGUGGCCUGUUAUUAGGUGGGUACUUUUUAAAUGAAGAAUUUCCAAACUUUGGAACGCAUCAAUAAUCGACUGUUUUGGAUUAAUUUUAACUGUAGAGGACGACAUUUUAAUAGGCGGACCUUAACCUGCAUAAUCAAGUGAUGCUGUGGUUCGAUCAUCUCUAGAUUCACAGCUGUAAUCCCCAGCAUCUUCAUGGCUCAACCGGUGGAUUGUAAGACUUCGCUCCACUCCAUCCGCUCUAAUAGAGAAUCUCCUGCUUGGAACUAUCUCCACACCAUUCUUUAGCCAUUGGACAUCUGCUUUUGGCUUGCACACCUCACAACGAAGAGUCACCAUGCCAUCAGCAUGGGCCACAGUGUGCUGGAGCAGCUUUACAAACCUGAUUCUCAUUUCUGUAAUGCAAUGGAAAACGUUA